AGAGGACACCCCAAGGGAUGACGCCUGGGUCCCGGAGCGCCUGUCCCUGGGCGCUACUGCUGCUGGCGGUCCUGUGGCCGCAGCAGCGCGCGGCGGGCUCCGGCAUCUUCCAGUUGCGGCUGCAGGAGUUCGCCAACGAGCGCGGUAUGCUGGCCAAUGGGCGGCCCUGCGAGCCCGGCUGCCGGACUUUCUUCCGAAUCUGCCUUAAGCAUUACCAGGCAACCUUCUCCGAGGGACCCUGCACCUUUGGCAACGUCUCCACGCCGGUAUUGGGCACCAAUUCCUUCGUCAUCAGGGACAAGAAUAGCGGCAGUGGUCGUAACCCUCUUCAACUGCCCUUCAAUUUUACCUGGCCGGGAACCUUCUCACUCAACAUCCAAGCUUGGCACACGCCGGGAGACGACCUGCGGCCAGAGACUUCACCAGGAAAUUCACUUAUCAGCCAAAUCAUCAUCCAAGGCUCCCUUGCUGUGGGUAAGAAUUGGAAAUCAGAUGAGCAAAAUAACACCCUCACAAGACUGCGCUACUCUUACCGGGUCGUCUGCAGCGACAACUACUAUGGAGAUAGCUGUUCUCGCCUGUGCAAGAAGCGCGAUGACCACUUCGGACAUUAUGAGUGCCAACCAGAUGGCAGCCUGUCCUGCCUGCCGGGCUGGACUGGGAAAUACUGUGAUCAGCCUAUAUGUCUUUCUGGCUGUCACGAGCAGAAUGGCUACUGCAGCAAGCCAGAUGAGUGCAACUGCCGUCCAGGUUGGCAGGGCCCCUUAUGCAAUGAAUGUAUCCCCCACAAUGGCUGUCGUCAUGGCACCUGCACCAUCCCCUGGCAAUGUGCCUGCGAUGAGGGCUGGGGAGGUCUGUUUUGUGACCAAGAUCUUAAUUACUGCACUCACCACUCUCCGUGCAAGAAUGGAUCAACUUGCUCCAACAGUGGGCCGAGGGGCUAUACCUGCACCUGUCUCCCAGGCUACACUGGUGAGCACUGUGAGCUGGAACUCAGCAAGUGUGCCAGCAACCCCUGUCGAAAUGGUGGCAGCUGUAAGGACCAUGAGAAUAGCUACCACUGCCUGUGUCCCCCGGGCUACUAUGGCCAGCACUGUGAACACAGUACCUUGACCUGUGCGGACUCACCCUGCUUCAAUGGAGGCUCCUGCCGGGAGCGCAACCAGGGGGCCAGUUAUGCCUGCGAGUGUCCCCCUAACUUCACUGGCUCCAACUGUGAGAAGAAAGUCGACAGGUGUACCAGCAACCCCUGUGCCAAUGGAGGCCAGUGCCUGAACAGAGGUUCAAGCCGGACCUGCCGCUGUCGACCUGGAUUCACAGGCACCCACUGUGAACUGCACAUCAGCGAUUGUGCCCGAAGCCCCUGUGCCCAUGGGGGCACUUGCCACGAUCUGGAGAACGGGCCUGUGUGCACCUGCCCUGCUGGCUUUUCUGGCAGGCGCUGCGAGGUGCGGAUAACCAACGACGCCUGUGCCUCAGGACCCUGCUUCAAUGGGGCCACUUGCUACACUGGCCUCUCCCCAAACAACUUUGUCUGCAACUGUCCUUAUGGCUUUGUGGGCAGCCGCUGCGAGUUUCCCGUGGGCUUGCCACCCAGCUUCCCCUGGGUAGCUGUCUCCUUGGGUGUGGGGCUGGUGGUACUGCUGGUGUUGCUGGUCAUGGUGGCAGUGGCUGUGCGGCAGCUGCGGCUUCGGAGGCCCGAUGACGACAGCAGGGAAGCCAUGAACAAUUUGUCAGACUUCCAGAAGGACAACCUAAUCCCUGCUGCCCAGCUCAAGAACACAAACCAGAAGAAGGAGCUGGAAGUGGAUUGUGGCCUGGACAAGUCCAACUGUGGCAAACUGCAGAACCACACACUGGACUAUAAUCUGGCCCCAGGAUUCCUGGGGCGGGGGAGCACACCUGGGAAGUAUCCUCACAGCGACAAGAGUUUAGGAGAGAAGGUGCCACUUCGGUUACACAGUGAAAAGCCAGCGUGUCGAAUAUCAGCGAUAUGCUCCCCCAGGGACUCUAUGUACCAGUCAGUAUGUUUGAUAUCAGAAGAGAGGAACGAAUGUGUCAUUGCCACAGAGGUAUAAGGCAGGAGCCUACUCAGACACCCAGCUUCGGCCCAGCAGCUGGGCCUUCCUUCUGCAUUGUUUACAUUGCAUCCUGGAUGGGACAUUUUUAGUAUGCACAGUGCUGCUCUGAGGAGGAGGAGGAGGAGGAGGAGGAGGAGGAGGAAUGGCAUGGACUGGACAGACUGUGAACCUGCCCAGAGUUGAGCCACCUCUGCACACCUUCAGGAGUCUGUCUGGCCUCAGAUGGGCAGCGCCGUCAAGGGAAGAGUCAAGGAGCC